AUGAAAAUCAUUGUGCAUAAAGGGGAACCUUCAAAGCACUGGCAAACCCGCUGGGAGCGCCAGUGCCUGGCCGAGGCCGAGCCGGGCGAGCAGCCGCCGGCCGAGCUGGAGGAGGAGGCGGCCGCCGAGGCGACGGGGCUGAGGCGCGAGCAGCAGCGGCUGUGGCACUUCUUCGAGAUCUCAGCCACCGCCGUGGCCCAGCUCUACAAAGAUUCCGGGUGCCAACAGUCAGGACUGUCCUUGUGGGACCCCUUCCAGAACGCGGCCAUGGCCGUGACCAGCCUGUACAAAGAGAGCGUGGACGCCCACCAACGAAGUUUUGAGCUGGGCGUCCGGGUUGGCCGCCAGCGGCGCAUCAGGGACGUGCUGGAGUGGGUGCAGAAGGGCCGGAGCAUCAUUCGCCGGGAAGACCUGAUCAGCUUCCUGUGUGGCAAAGGGCCGCCCGCCCCGCCCCCGCUGCGCCCCCCGCCGCGCCCCCCCAGGACAGCCCCGAAGCUGCCGGCCGGGGCGCCCGGCCAGCCGAUGGCCACCGAGGCCGGCUCCUCGGUAGCCGUCGACCUGCAGCCCUUCCACGAGGCCGUCGCUCUGCACGGCCUCAGCGGGGCCAUGGCGAGCGUCAGCGUGCGGGCUGGCGCGCCCGGCUCCCCGCCACAUGACCCCGGCGUGACCUGCGGGGCACGCCGAAAAGUUAGCUUCCUUGACGACAACUUGAGCCCCUUCGACCCGGAAGAACUGGCCCUGCGCCUGGACAGUGCUGGGACCCGCAAGCGCACCUCCUCGCAGUGCGGCGACGGCAUCUCGGAUUCUCUGACCCAAAAGCGCAACCGAAUGGUCUAA